AGCAUUUGUCAUGUGUCUUGAGUUCCGAAAUCGCCAAUUUUUAAUUGAUUCGUACUUUUGUUUUUGUACUAACUCGCAACAAAGAACUGCCAAAAUUAUGAAGCCAAAACCAAUCAACCAAUAUGCGUUUGCUCCUCUUGUAUCGUCCCUAGAUCAAAGCCAAAAUCGCAUUCGAAUAUCAUUUAAUUUAUAGUUUUUUUUUUUGCUCUAAAACUAUAUACGCCUUAAAAAUAUACAUAUAUGUGAUAUCCUUAGUUCGUAAGCUGUUUAUUGAAAAUGGAAAAAUAAAAACCGAGCACAAAAAAAGAAAAUUAAAAAAAAAAGAAAAGAAAAAUAAAAUGAAAAACUGACUGAUGAAAAAAGACUGAACCAUAUACAAUAAAUAUGUAGCUAACAUUAUAGCCUUAAAGUUAUGUAAUACAAGAGCUAAGAUCGAAAAUAAAAAAACCGAAAAAUACGUUGUAGCUGCCACAUGCCACAGAACAUUCUCUGACUCGACGGCCCGAACCAGAGACCAUUUCCGAUCAAAUCCCUCUUAGUUAGUAAAAAAAAACAGACAACAAUGGGUAAGUCGCAAACCAAAACAAACCAAAAACCAAAUACCAAUAUCAAAUUCAAAUCAAUACAAAAUACAAAAAAAAAUCUAUCAAAAUAUUAAACUAAAAAUCAAGUAAUGAGUCCACAAAGAUUGUACAGUUUUUGCCAGGCGAAAAUUGUACAAUUUCUGGAAAAUGGAAAUUAAAUGAUAUACCAUCUAUGUAUGUAUGUAACCUACUACUGAAGCACCCACUCCCGAUCCCAUCUGGAUCGGGGGGCGUGUGCCAUCCCCACUACAUAUUCGCUCUAUGCUCGUAUUAUCCAAAGGUUCGAGGUGCCUGCUGCCCGACUGACAGACCCGCUCGAGAUCUGCCGCCGAACCAAGCAAACCUCUCACCGAACCGUACUGACACUGAAAUCCGGAGUCCGGAGUCCGGAACGAGUCCUCCUCCAACCAGCUCUCCCGGGAAAGCCCAUGAACAGCGUAAAGCAAUUUAAUUUUUUUUCCCGCCAUGAAACAGAAACAAAAUCGAGUCUCUUAUUUUAUGUGUUUGUUCAGAGAACGCACCUCCAUUCCCUCAAACGUGAAAGGUGAAAGUGUGUUGUUGUGUGUAGUCGUCGUCGCCACCUCCGCUCUGCUCUGCUCCACUCCACUCCACUCCGCUCCACUUCUGCUCUGCUCCACUCCGCUCCGCUCAGCUCGUCUCAUCUAUAUCCCUAGUGAUCCUUAAGCGAUCCAGCUAAUAUCGGUUUAGAAUGCAGGCGAGCCAGAGCCAGAGCCCGAGCCAAAGGCAAUGCCAAGACCAAAGCGAAGCGAAAGGGCGUCAUGCAGGCCACCACCAUGGGCGGAGCCAAGCUGGACAAGCGCUACUCACCCAGUUUCCGGGAGGAGGCGGCCGCCGUUCCCGUUCGCAAGAUGAGCGCCUCCAAGAGGAAGCGGGACGAGGUGCUGAGGAUGAAGGUUCACAAGAAUGGCCAGGCAGCUGAUGUCAUCAAGAGCAUCUCCCAACUGGACAACACCAAUAAGCAAUAUUUCCUCAUGCUCGAGAACAUCACCUCGCAGUUCCGCAAUCCCUGCAUCCUGGACCUCAAGAUGGGCACUCGCCAGCAUGGCGACGACGCCUCGGCGGAGAAGCGCUCCAAGCAGAUGGCCAAGUGCGCAGCCAGCACCUCCGGCUCCCUGGGCGUGCGUCUGUGCGGGAUGCAGACCUACCAGGCCGAUCUGGAGCAGUAUGCCAAGCGAGAUAAGUACUGGGGCCGCGAGCUCAACGAGGGAGGAUUCAAGCAGGCUCUGCACGACUUCUUCUACAACGGCUUCAGGCUACGAGUGCGCGUCAUCCGGAAGAUACUGCAGCGGCUGCUGCAACUGCGUCGCGUGAUUGAGAAGCAGUCCAGCUACAGGUUCUACUCUUGCUCCCUACUUAUUGUGUACGAAGGCUUCGAGGAGAACCCGAUGGCCCAUCCGCCGUCGAUGAGCAUGGACGAGUGGCCGGAGGCGCCCAAGUCGGCAACAGUGCCCGGCACUGUCUUCGACUAUCAUCCAGAGAACAGCAUAGACGAGGAGGACGACCUGGAGGACGAGGAUGGGCACGAGGCCGGCGACGAACUAGAGCCCCAUGACACUGACGAGGAUCUCCAGCUGGUGGCUGCGGACAGUGGCAAUGCCUCGGCAACCAACAGCAGCACCGGAGGCGAUGGCUGCAACUACGAUGCGGAUGCCUCCAACGAUUCCAGCUCGUUGCUCAACCUGGCCACUCGGCGGCACCUGCACAAGCGAGGAUUUGCGGAGGCGGCAGCCCGAGGUGUUAAGCAGACGGGGGCCAGUAUCACCACCACCGACGAAGAGGACGAGGAAGAGCAUCCGGCUGCCAUGCCACCACCGCGCAGCUGUGGGGUGAUGGCAGCCAAGGCGGCGGCAGCAGCAGCGGCAGCGGUUUCUGCUCCAGCUAGUGGGCUCGCUGGGAAGGGACCGGGCGCAUUCAUUCCAAUCUCCGAGGAGACAGUAUUCCUGGACCCAGAGCCAGCUCUGCCUAGCGUGACGACCUCAUCGCCACAUUCCGGUGACUCAUGGAUGAACUACAGCAGCAACAGUAGCGACGACUUCUCGGGCCUGUCGGAGCAGAUCAAGGCGGUGGCCAGUGGACGGCAGACGGGCAACAACAGCAGUGAUGACGCCAGCUCGGACUACGAGAGUAGCAUCAUCGGGCCCACGGAGGCCAUGUUCAAGCGCUACAAGUCGCAGCAGUCCUUUGAUGCUGCCUCAGCUGCUGCCGAGUCCGCCUCUUCCCCGCCCCUCACUGCCGGAAACUCCAGCAUCUCCAAUGGCACUGGAACCGGAACCGCCACCGCCCGCUCCCUGGUGUCGCCCGCCUCCUCGAGCGCCUCGUCCCUGAAGUCGGUCAAGGGUGCGGUGAAGCGACUGCGCUGCAAGGAUGAUGACGAGCAGGCCGCGGCUCUGGGAGAGUGCGACUCGCGCGAGGCUAAGAAAUCCACGAUCACCUCGACGCCUGUGUCGGCAGUAUCCUCGCCGGCAAAGACCUCCAACCCGCACUCGCACUCCUCCCUGCUGGCCGGCUUGCUCCUGGACUCGCUGGAGAACAGCAGCGAGCAGCUCGCCCCCCGCAAUUCAGCCUUGCUGCAACAUAGCUCCAAGUCACUGGACAUGUCUGCACCCCCCACAGAUGACUCCCAGUGCUUUGUGGACGUUCGCCUCAUCGACUUUGCCCACACAGCCUUUGUGCCGAGGAACGGCAGCAUGCUGCCCACUCCCGUAGCCGCGCCGGUGCACCAUGGACCCGACGGAGGUUUCCUAACCGGGCUGGAUAGUCUCAACCGUCUGCUCAACGAAAUACUGGCCGAGGAGCGGAUCUAAACACUUAAAAAAACUGGAACAAAACCCAAAAAAAAAAGGAAAAAAUUGAAAAUGGAAAAAAGAGUAGGGGGAACCUGGGGAUCCUGGGAAAGGAACAGAAGUUAAGAGUACAAUUUGAUUUCAGAAUACCUAAAUUGUUGUAGCAACAUGCGUUAAAUUAUGAAACUAAAAAUCUGAAACUAAUCUUUAGAAAUUCGAAAUGUGAUUCAAGCAAAACCUAUUUAACAACCGGAUAUAAGCCCAUAUAACUUUUAACUUUUAACCAAAACAAGUAAAAUUAAGCGCAGGGUGGAGCCUGUUCCCCUGGAAUUACCGCAGCAUUUGUGGACAACCAGAAGAUGAAGGAUAAUGUAAAAUUGAUUUGUGAACAAGACGCUUCCAAAACCGUAGUAGAGAGUUAGUUUGAUAGUUUGAUAUUGUUCGUGCAUUCUGCAUUUCAGAUCCAUACGUUAAUCGGUGAAAGUGCAUAUUGAGUUGUAACCCUUUGUUAGAAUUUCUAGUGCUGCCCACGGACGGAUCGUACGUUUUAUACCUAGCCAUUACAAAAAUAAAAAAUUAAAAAAUCAAAAAUGACAGACCAACAAACCGACAGCGUGAAAAACAGUAUUUCGUUCUAUGUAUCUAUAUGCUUAAAUUUUCAACCCGUUUUCUUUCCAAUGUAGUGACAAAAGUUACAAAAACCAGAGUUUACCAUAAACUAUCUAUUAAAUACAUGCAAAAACACAUUUUUUAAGUUAACGAUUAAAGAGAGAAAAGCUAUUAAUAUAUAGAUACUACAUAUAUUAUUAUUACUUAUUGUGUAACUAGAGAAUUAAAUGGAAAACGAUUUAUGUAUAUUUUCACUUAA